AGCAAACCCCAUAACCAUCACCAUCAUCAUCAUGGUCAUCAUUAAUUGCCUCCCCAUGAAGCUUCUUUCUAAUCUUUCUCUGACUUUAUAAAGCUUCUCCUUGUGUACAUAUCAAAUUAACCAGUUGGGAGAGGAAGUUGCCCUUGAGAGGAAGUACAACCAUGAGGAAGCCAGAGGCGAGUAAUAAUAAUACUAAAAACAACAACAACAAUAGCAAGAAGCUUAGAAAGGGGUUGUGGUCACCUGAAGAAGAUGACAAGCUCAUGAACUACAUGCUAAACCAUGGACAAGGGUGUUGGAGCGAUGUGGCAAGAAAUGCUGGCCUCCAAAGGUGUGGCAAAAGUUGUCGCCUUCGAUGGAUCAAUUACUUGAGGCCUGAUCUUAAGAGAGGUGCAUUCUCACCCCAAGAAGAGGAACUCAUCAUCCACUUCCAUUCCCUUCUUGGAAACAGAUGGUCUCAAAUAGCGGCGCGUUUGCCUGGGCGAACCGACAAUGAAAUAAAAAACUUUUGGAAUUCGACGAUAAAGAAAAGACUCAGGAAUAUGUCUUCCACGACCACCACAACCUCACCCUCACCCUCAUCAAAUGCAAGCGAGACCUCAAUAUCCGAGCCUAGUAAUAAAGACCUCAACAUGGGAGGGUUUAUUUCCACACAACAUAAUCAACACGCAGGCUUUGUUCCUAUGUUCGGUUCAUCUCCAUCACCAUCAAUAAUGCAAACCGGUACAGUUUUCAAUACCUUGAUUGACAGAUUGCCUAUGCUGGAGCAUGGACUAAACAUGCCAGCUUCUGGAGGGUACUUCGAAGGCACAGGUAUUCCUUGCUUUUCGCAAAGUGAAGUUAACAAAUUAGGUUCUUGUUAUUUAGAAAACGGAGUAUUUGGGAGAAGUGUAAAUAUCGGGGUAGAAGGGGAUAUGUUUGUUCCUCCCCUAGAGAAUGCUACAUGCAGCAGGAGAGAAACAACUAACAGCAGUUACUUUGACGAUGACAUAAAUAGUAUUCUUAAUAACUGCAACAUUGGCAUAGGUGAAAAUAAGGCUCAUGAUGGGGUGGAGAAUUUGUUUCAACAAGAGUUAGCCACUGCCACUGCCACAGGAGAAUGGGACUUUGAGGAGUUGAUGAAAUUAGAUGUUUCCUCCUUUCCGUUUCUUGAUUUUUCAUACUGACCAAUGAGCCAAUUUUAAUGGUUUUCCUCCAGAACCUAGAUUUGCAGGCACACUGCAUGGUGAUGUCCAUAGAGCCUUGUAUAAUAGUAUACUGGUAUUUUUUGCCCUUAUACUCACAAGUUAACAAGCUAGCAGGUAUAUAGGCCUCAAAUAAAAGUCCAAUAUAUAUAUAUAUAUAUAUAUAUGGUAUCCAUUGGUGAUCGUGUAAUUAGUCUUGCAGGUUAUAAAUUUGUGUCUUACCAAAUUAAAUUUUUAGAUCAUCACUCCGCUGUCGGAAACCAGUGUAGUAAGCAAUAAUAAUUUGUCAUACUUGUAAAAGGAGAUGUGAAUAGAUUGUUAUACAUUAUUAUUAUUAUUAUUUUGUUCAAGUUUUAA